AGUUGCAGGUGUUUAACUUUCUUCCAACUUUACUUUUAUGCUUUGUUUGUAUUUGAGCUUUUGGAGGAUUCUCGGGCAUGCGAGUGACCAACGCUGAUCUUAUUGAUCCACUAACGAUUAUGGACUCCGAUUUCUCACCCGGCGAAACUUCCGGCUCUGGUUCCGUUGACCCGGACUUUGGCUUUGCAUUUGACGACAGUAAUUUCUCCGAUCGGAUCUUGAGGAUCGAGAUCAUGCCUGAUUUGCCCGAAACUAAAUCCGACGGUGACGGUUGCUCCUCUAUCGCUGAUUGGGCCCGUAAUAGAAAGAGACGGAGGGAAGAUUUCAAGAAAGAAAACGAUUUUAUCGUGCAAAGUGAGGAGCAAAUCUUGAAUUGUAACAUGCCGUACACAGUGGAUGGUGUAACGUAUGUGAAUCAAGAUGAAGAGCCCAUGUCAAUAGCUGAAGAGUCACCUUCUGAUGUUGGAUUGAAUUCCUUUCAAAUCGGGAAUGAUACCAUUUACAACAAUGACUCAUCUAGGAAUGUGGAUUGUUCAAAAAUUCUAAGAGUCAAGACCAUACACAUUAGUUCUCCUAUUUUGGCAGCAAAAAGUCCCUUCUUUUAUAAGUUGUUUUCAAAUGGAAUGAAGGAGUCAGAGCAGCGACAUGUAACUCUUCAAAUACAUGCCUCUGAAGAAACAGCUCUCCUGGACCUGCUAAAUUUUAUGUAUAGCAACACCCUAUCAACAACCACACCUACUGCCUUGUUAGAUGUGUUGAUGGCUGCUGACAAAUUCGAGGUUGCAUCAUGCAUGAGACAUUGUAGUCGAUUGUUAAGAAACCUGCCUAUGACCUGUGAAUCGGCUUUACUGUAUUUGGACCUUCCAUCUAGUGUUUUAAUGGCAGAUGCUGUUCAGCCACUGACAGAUGCAGCAAAGCAGUUUCUUGCUGAAAGAUACAAGGAUAUAACCAAGUUUCAGGAGGAAAUACUCAACUUGCCUCUUGCUGGUAUAGAGGCAGUAUUUUCCAGUGAUGGCCUCCAGGUAGCUUCAGAGGAUGCUGUUUACGACUUUGUGCUCAAGUGGGCUCGAACUCAUUACCCAAGACUGGAGGAACGACGUGUAAUUUUUGCCACACGCCUCAGUCGCCUAAUACGUUUUCCAUAUUUGACUUGCAGAAAGCUGAAAAAAGUUUUAACUUGCAUCGACUUUGAUCCAGAACUUUCAUCCAAAGUUGUGCUCGAGUCUCUCUUUUUCAAGGCUGAGACACCAUAUAGACAGCGAGCACUUGCAGCAGAAGAGGCUAGCGCCACUCAUCAUCGCUUUGUGGAGCGGGCAUACAAGUACCGUCCGGUCAAGGUUGUAGAGUUUGAACUGCCAUGGAAGCAGUGUGUAGUGUACCUGGACCUGAAGCGUGAGGAGUGUGCACACCUAUUUCCGGCUGGUAGAGUUUAUUCCCAAGCAUUCCAUCUUGGUGGCCAAGGAUUUUUCUUGUCUGCUCAUUGCAACAUGGAUCAGCAAAGCUCAUUCCACUGCUUUGGGCUAUUUUUGGGAAUGCAAGAGAGGGGAUCUGUUACUUUUGCUGUUGACUACGAGUUUGCCGCUAGGUCAAAGCCAACUAAGGAUUUUGUAAGCAAGUAUAAAGGGAAUUACAUUUUCACAGGAGGGAAGGCUGUUGGCUAUCGAAACCUAUUUGGUAUUCCCUGGACGGCAUUCAUGGCUGAUGAUAGCAUUUACUUUAUAGACGACAUCCUCCAUCUCAGGGCGGAACUCACCAUCAGACAAUGAGUUGGUGAUUUUGAGAGUUGUAUUGGCUACUGCCCUUUUGCUUUUCAUCGUCUUUCGUAAAUUCCUUAUGAAUCAUUGUAAAAAAAUUAUUAUAGCCUAUGCGUGGUGAAUUUAUAUAAAUUAAUUUUGCAAUCAAUUUGAACUUCA